AUGCAGAUCCUCACGCAAGAACAAAAGUCUAAGCUGUUCAAGCCGUUCAAGGACAAAAGGCUCACGACAGACCAGAGCUAUGAGCUCUUCAAGGACAGAGCGCUGCACGUAGCAUGCAUCGCGGCAGGUACAGCAUGCGUUGCUGGCGUCGCGUGCCUUCUUUGGUUCUAUGAGGGCCACAAGACUGCGGAGCUGCCGCUGUCCUUAUCCGCGAUCGUGUCCGCAAUUCGCAUCCCGUACGGCCUGGCAGUCGGGUACGUCCUCGGUUCCAUCGGCCCUCGUACACUGUGGAGACAACUCAGAGGUGAUGGUGUGCGGCUGAAAGCCCUGGACGACGGUGGUGCUUUCCGGUCAGGAUGGUUCGGCUUCCGGAAAGCUUGUCACAAUUUCAAAACGGUGGGGCUUUUCCUCUCUCUAAUGCUCACCGCUGGCUGCGUUGCUGGCUGGGUCACAGUGGUACAGUCCGGCAUCCGAUCGAGGUCAGAGCCUCAGCCAGUCUUCACCGUUAGCAUCGCAUCGGCAUGUCAGAACGCGACCUCUGAAGGGAUUUCUGUGCAGGCAGGUAUCAUUUCCGAUGGUGCUCCAACAGCAGCGCUGGCAGCCCUCAGGGCUCAGACUGCCCCGUUCUAUCGCAGCUCGCUAGCCAUCGGCACCAUCACGACGGGCAGCGCCCCUGGGUGGGUGUACACCUGCAGCGAGACCACUCCAACAUUUCAUGAAAGCAUAUACUACUUCAACGCAGACAUGAAUGCCGAAGCGACCGACUUUUACGUGGGAGCCAAUGCAACAUACUUGGCAGGAAUGGUCUCGCAAGUCAGCAACGCGUGGAUCAAUGGCACCGCCUUUCCCACUCGUAAAAUUUCGGCCAUCACGAACUCGACAUACGCAGGAAGUCAGAGUGGAUUUCUUGGGUACAGCUGCGUCGGCCAGCGGCAGCUCCUAUCCUUUACCUGGAUCAAUGGUCGCUCGUUUCAACAAUCUGCUCAAGGCCCCGCAGCACCAUUUAUCGGCCGGGACAAGGACGCACUGGCUGAAGUCACUGCGGAGAACAACGCCAUUCUCAGCGUCGACACGACCAAGUAUGGGUUGUUUGGCAGCACCGACGUGGCUUUCCUAGCUUCUGCAAGCACAAAGGAAGAGCUUGGCUCUCGCAUCGUUCAAGUCAAUCAACAGAUCAACUUCAACUACGUCUCUACACUCGCAACUCCAGAGCAGGGUGCGUGCACGGACAGAGAGAACAACUUUCAGCAACAGAUUGCCGAGCCUGCUGCAGUGUAUCGCUACAUCUACGUCAGGCUCUGGAGCGGUGCCGUGCUCGCUGUUCUGCCCUUGCUUCUCUGUGGCAUAUUAGGAUGGCCUAUGUGGACAGAGUACACGACUCCUUUCAACUCUCUGCUCUUGCUUGCUGGCGGUGGAGUUCGCGGAGAUGACCUGGGCAAGAUUUGGAGCUCCUCGGAGAAGACUAAGGAGGAAUGCGACAAGUACGUUAUUCUGAAUCGUAAAGAAACCGACGACGAGGACCAAGGCAAUGGACGAAUGUUCCUGGAGCUUAAACCUGAACAUGGGACGGGUGAUGCGAAUCAGUCGACGGAGACGAUGGCAUUGGUCCCCCUUGCGACCGCCUAG